AUGGCGCUAGAUCUCACAUCAACUGUUUCACUCACAUGCACUUUUGUCCCUCCACACCACCACUCUGUUUGUCUCAUCUGCUUCCUGCAUCCAACAGCUCGUAUCAGGCGCUACUCGGAGGCGAUGACACUUCCUGACUCUUUCAUCCAGCGUCAGCAGCUGGACGCCAGCAUGGCUGACACCUUUCUGGAGCAUCUCUGUCUGCUGGACAUCAACCAAGAGCCAAUCACAGCACGCAACACCAGCAUAAUCUGCACCAUUGGUCCUGCAUCCCGAUCAGUCCCCAAACUCCAUGAGAUGAUUAAGGCAGGGCUGAAUAUUGCUCGUCUAAAUUUCUCUCAUGGCUCACACGAAUACCACGGUGAAACCAUCAAAAACAUCAGAGAAGCGGUGGAGACGGUAACCUCUGACCCACUGUAUUAUCGGCCGGUUGCCAUCGCCUUGGAUACAAAGGGCCCAGAAAUCCGCACCGGAUUAGUGAAAGGGAAAGUGGAGGAGGAGGUGGAGCUGGAAAAGGGCAGCCAUGUCCGUGUGGUGACAGCAGAGAGUGACAAAGACAAGACAGAUGGCAAGAUUAUCUGGGUGGACUAUCCCAGCCUGCCCAAGGUCCUCAAGAAGGGAGGAAUCAUCUACAUUGAUGACGGCCUCAUUGGACUCAAAGUAACAGACAUAGGCUCUGACUGGGUUGACACGGUGGUAGAGGCCGGCGGCGUACUGUGCAGUCGUAAAGGCGUUAACCUCCCAGGCUGCGACCUGAUCGGCCUGCAGGCGGUCAGCGAGCGUGAUGAGGCCGAUUUGAGGUUUGGCGUGGCUCAGGGCGUGGACAUGGUGUUCGCCAGCUUCAUCCGCUCGGCUCAGGACGUCAGGGAUGUGCGACGAGCACUGGGGGCACAUGGGCGAGAUAUCAAAGUGAUCAGCAAGGUGGAGAGCCGGCAGGGAGUUCAGAAUUUCGAGGAGAUUCUGGCUGAGAGCGACGGCGUGAUGGUUGCCAGGGGCGACCUGGGGAUUGAGAUCCCAGCGGAGAAAGUUUUCAUCGCCCAGAAGAUGAUGAUUGGACGCUGCAACUCUGCCGGCAAGCCUGUCAUCUGCGCCACACAGAUGCUGGAGAGCAUGGUAUCCCACCCACGGCCAACCAGAGCGGAGGGCAGUGACGUCGCCAACGCCGUCCUGGAUGGAGCCGACUGUGUAAUGUUAUCUGGGGAGACCGCCAAGGGACUGUUUCCAGUGGAAGCAGUCGCAAUGAUGCACUCGAUCUGCAGGGAGGCAGAAGGAGCCAUUUUCCACCAGCAGCUGUUUGAGGAGCUGCGUCGCCUCACUCCCCUCUCCUCUGACCCCACAGAGGUCACAGCCAUUGGAGCGGUGGAGUCCUCCUUCAAAUGCUGUGCUGGGGCCAUCAUUGUCCUGACCACCAGUGGAAAGUCAGCACACCUCUUGUCCAGGUACCGCCCACGCUGUCCCAUCAUUGCCGUCACCAGAACCCCUCAGGUGGCCCGUCAGUCUCAGCUGCUGAGAGGAGUGUUUCCUGUCCUCUUCCAUCCUCUUCCCGCUCCUGUCUGGGCCGAUGAUGUAGACAACAGGGUCAACUUUGGCAUGGACAUAGGGAAAGCACGAGGAUUCUUCAAGACUGGCGACAUGGUGAUUGUGGUGACAGGCUGGAUCCCAGGGUCCGGUCACACUAACAUAAUGAGAGCAGUCAAUGUCCCAUAAAAAUCUUGACUCUAAAUCUGACUGACAAGCUGGCCUGCCAGUGUUGAAGCCUCUUUUCAAUGCAGAUUCUUAUAAAGUUAAAAAAAACCUGUCUUCUGCAUAAAUGAAAUAUCUACCGCCAUCUCAAAUAUUUUAACAGAAGUUUGUCAGCAUCACAAGUGUUAUUGAAAGUCAGGGUAGAGAUGAGAACACCCAUCGCACCAGGAUGGGUCUCGUGAAUGUUGAAUUUGUGUUUAAUGUGUUUUGAAAGCAAUG